AUGCGCAUCGUUCUUAUUGCUGUUUGGAUUCAUGUCCUCAGUGUACUUGCUACGCCAACAACCAUCUUGAUGGGAUACACUGACUAUUUCCUCUUUGACGUGUCCUUGCAAGAAUUUGUGCUCGCACAUACAAGAGAGGAAGGAGCGGUCGCUGGGAUAGAUUGGUGGUGGGACGGAUGCUGGGUGGCGCCAGAUAAGCCUUUUGGCUUCGAAUACCGGAAGCACAUUGACGACAAUUUCGAGAAGGAUUUGCACGCGCAGUGUGCGAAAAAGAAAGACGGUCUCAGGCGUGAAAUUUGCGAAAGGACCGCUUCAGGAUACUACCAUGGGGUGCGUAUCUUUGGUGGAGCCCGCUUCUGUGAUCGUGAAGCUACCAUCUCAAUAUUGUUUCCGAGCGAAUCUUAG